CUCAUCUCCAACUCCCUGUCCACUCUCUGUCCGCACGGAAGAUAUAUCCGCCAGCGGUUAAUCGGAUCUUCUUCGCUUCACGGUGGACUGUGCUCCUAGUUAUUCCCUUAACUUCCAUCACGAACCUACUUCUCCGACCCGGUUGGGUUUACUUUUUCCACCGCCGACUAUUUCACCAACAAAGUUCCCCAAUCACCCUCGUGAUCGUCGCCGCCGCGAAGGAGACAAAAAAGGAAAACGUUAAAGCCGCAUUCCGCCCAACAAAAAAAGAAUCAACGCACACCACCAAAUUCACUCUACCAAGUCAUUCUCCAAUCGAAAGAUGCGCGAUAUGUCGUCCAAAUUUAUCGAGAUUCUCGACCCCAAUGAUACUCGGCCGCGCAUGUCUGAUUGCGAUGUCCGGCUCGAAGAUGUCCUAGCCGACCAUGAAGCGCUUGUCACUAGGCCCCGAUCCUCCACUCAAUCCUCUUCUAAGCCGAGUCUAGACAACCGUCUAGAUCGCGAUUCACCCACUUCACCCACACAGCGCUGGAAGCGUCUUAGCACCAUCCUCGUCCCAGCCAGAAGAGGCUCAGCAUGAUACUCUUUAGCUUUUCCACCUCUCCUCUCAUUCCUCCACUCUAUGCCACAAAAUUUCACGGUCCUGGCGACCGUCAAUUACGCAGAUGAUACGCUACGCUACGU